AUGGCAUCAGACAUGGGCGACUUGCCCAUGAUCAAAUGCUCUGACUGUGGGGUCAACGUUGACAUCCUUGCGAUGGGGGAUCAUGUCUGCGCCAAAUCUGCAAACGUUAUACCGCGAACGCUGUCCCCUCCCCCACCUCCUCCUAAGUCGAUGCGGAGGCCGACAUUAGGGGCGCAAGAUUCAUGGUCAUCGAAACCUGGGCGAGCAGAGCCGCCAUCAAGUAUCGACUCUCUAAGAGCUAACCACUCGUUCCUAGAGCCAAGUACUGGGCAAGACGGCAGUCUUUAUCCCUCUCCCCUUUCAUCAGCUUCAGGAUCGCGCUCUCCGCUCCGGACAGCCCCAGUGUCCCAUGACUCUAGUGCGGACGAUAGCGGCGAGGGCAUCCCGAGCUUCCCUUUACCUCGGUCAAUGUCGGGAAGACGGGUGAACGGCAUGGCCGUGAAAGAGGAACCUGGAUAUACGGACGCAGUGAACAGGAGUCUUGACCAUCCACCGCAUAGCGCGCAUUUACCACUCAACAGAGAUGGGGAACAGCCACCACCGCCGUUACCGAAGGACGAUGUCUCGUUCGCGCAUAAACACACUGUUUCUGUAGACAGCAGGAGCAGCUAUAGAACGUCCUUAGCGAGCACCCGGUACGGCGACCGCAGCUCGAAAAGAUCGACCGCAAUCUCCAGUCGGCGACCAUCGUUUGGGAGUGUCGCUUUAGCUGGGUAUAGAUAUGAGGAAGAUAUACCCCCAAUUCCGCAAUCUCCACCCCGUCCGUUUUAUCAUUCAGUUUUCUCAGAUUCCUCAAUGUCAGAUAUAUCGGCAAAGAGGGAUGGAAAGAACGAAGUCCACAGCGGAUUUGAUUUCGGUGGUGCGCUCGAUAAACCUGCAGCCAGCCCUUUACGAGUUUCUUCGGCUGCGAACUCGGAACGCCUCAGCAGUUCGCGCGGAUCUGCCGAGUUAUUCUUUAGCAGUCCGGCGCAAAGCACAUACGGCCCACCCCUCGAUCUUCCCGAGUCCGAAUUUCGGUCGGAGACACCGGCUGAAUCUGCGAAGGUCGAAUAUAAAGCCUUCAGACCUUCAGCUUCCGACUAUCUACAGCCAAACCCUUCGGACCCGAAUGGGCAAGGAGACACGCGCAGGAAGAAUUCGGACGCUACUGAUGACAGCGCUAUAUCGGUUUCUAACUUUGCUCGCGCUCUUGGUUUGGACAUUAACGAUGAGGGUGUGGAAGAUUCAACUUCUUCUGAUUCGUCACCCUCAGAAACUAGAAGUGGCACUUCCCUAUCAAGCAUUCAAUCCGACGUCAGCUCGUCCAGGCGGAAACCAUCCGAUCUAAGUCGUCUAGGUCCCGUCGUUGAAGACCCUCGGAACGAAACUGGGGCGAAAACAGAGAACCUGGAUAAAAGCCAGUCAGAAAGUCAUACGGCCCUUGAACCGCCUCGCAUCCCCGAGAACAACUUCAGCCCUGACUCACCGACAGACCCGGCCCUGUCGAAAGGUGGCGAUUUGUCUCUAGUCUCUGAAAUCUCUCAGAACAGCAAGAUUUCGCAAGGGCCCCGAAGCCCCCAAAGCCCCUUGAGUCCUCAAAGCGCCCAGAACUUAGAAGAGGUGGAAGAGCAAAAACCCUUAGCGCGAGCUGCUACAGAACCCACACCCCGCCCACAACAACCCAAGCCACGUGGGCCAUGCCGUGGCUGCGGCGAGAUGAUCAUUGGCAAGUCCAUCUCCUCCGCUGACGGCCGCCUGACAGGCCGCUAUCACCGCGCCUGCUUCGUCUGCUUCCAAUGCCGCCUCCCCUUCGAAACAAACGACUUUUACGUGCUCAAGGACCGACCCUACUGCGCCCAACACUACCACGAACGCAACGGCUCGAUUUGCGCUGGAUGUCACGAAGGUAUCGAAGGCGAAUACCUUGAGACAAACGAACGCACUGGUCCUGGGCCCGGCGAUACCCAGAAAUUCCACCUCGACUGCCUUCGUUGUCGUACCUGCAACAUCGACCUCCAAGGCGAGUACUACGAAUGGAACGGCUAUGUUUACUGCGAGCGAGAUGCCAGGCGCGCCGCUGCUUCCGUCUCUCCCCACGGCUUCCGCCGCCCAACUAUGCCUUCAUCCCCUCUUGGUCCUCCUGGGCCCGGCAUGCCUAUGCCCCCUCCUUCUCGCGGCCGACCACCCCCGCCAGGAUAUCCCGGUCCUGGCCGAGGCCGAGGUCGUGGGCCUCGUCCUCCAGGCCCGCCAGGCCCGUACGGCCCUGGACCUGGCCGUAGCGGCAGACCAGGUCCUGGUCCAGCUCCAUAUGGACGUCCCCCGCCCUCUCCGAACAACCUCGGACUACCAGGGCAAGCACCUGGUGGCGCCCGCCGUUUCCCAGAACGACGGACCACAAGACUUAUGAAUAUGAUUUGA